AUGGCUGGCCAGCCGCUGCUCCGCCUGCUGCCCAGUCGCCAGGCGGUGACUCGCAGCGAGGACGUGCCCGACGCCCGCUUCACGCUCUCCGUGAUGCAGUGGGGCCAGUUCGUCGACCACGACCUGAUGCUGACGCCGCACUUCUCGCUGGACGGCGGCGCCGGCAUCGCCUGCUGCACGGACGCCGGACUGCCGCUGCCGGCGCAGCAGCUGCACCCAGCACAGCAGAACGUCCUCUCCCACUUCCUGGACGGCUCGAACGUGUACGGUUCGGAAGAGGCGCACCAGCGCCACCUGCGCCAGCUAGGCGGCGGCUGGCUGCGUACUCAGCCGGGCAGCCUGCUGCCGGCCGACUCCCAGGGCGGCGGCUGCAUCAACGCCACCACCGUCUGCUUCGAGGCGGGCGAUGUGCGCGUCAACGAGCAGAUCAGCCUGACGGUGACGCACACCAUCUGGAUGCGCCAGCACAACCGCGUGGCGUCGGCGCUGGCGGCGCGGCACACAACCUGGGACGACGAGCGGCUCUUCCAGGAGGCGCGGCGCAUUGUCGUCGCCCAGAUGCAGCACAUCACCUACAACGAAUGGCUGCCGACGCUGCUCGACGCCGACUUCCUAACCCGCAACGAGUUGCUGCCGGGCACCGGCACUGCCCACUCGGAGAAGUACAUGUCGACGCUGAACCCGUCCAUCAGCAACGAGUUCGCCACGGCCGCGUUCCGCUUCGGCCACAGCAUGGUGUCCGGCACGCUCAAAAUGUUCAGCGCGCUGGGCGGCAGCGCGACCAGCCAGGCGCAGGCGCUGGACGGCUACUUCGCCGAGGACCUCACCGAACACCUGUUCCAGGGCGACGGCGACGCGUACGGGCUCGACCUGGUGGCGCUUAAUAUCCAGCGCGGCCGCGACCACGGCCUGGCCACGUACAACGACCGCUGGGAGGACCUGAGCUCCGACCUGCCCGAUGAGGCGAUCACCGCCCUGCGCGCCGCCUACGGACACGUCGACGACGUGGACAUCUGGGCGCGCGUGCUCUGCGACAACGUGGACGGCAUCACGCGCGUUCAGCCGCUGGCCUUCCGCGUGGCCGACACCGCCGCCAACGCCGUCACCGACUGCGACAGCCGGGCCAUCCCGACCGUCGACCUCAGCCAGUGGUAG